AUAGUUGCUCAACAAAUUGGCAUAUACAAGACAUAAAUAAAGACAGUGUUGUUCCCUCAAACACCUUCCUCUCUCCAAUGGCAUAUCAAGUCUCAGUUAUCAACUCUUUAUACUGUUCUGCUGACUCUAUCACUCUACAGAUUAAUACUGAGAAAGGAGUCACUUACAACGAAAACGAUGAUCGUCUCUUUUAUAUGAACGAUACUUUUUUCACACUUCACAACCGUCGUGUCUUAUAUGAUGAUACACAAAAACCCAUUGUCACCUUCUACAGAAAGGCUGUGACGUUGCAUGAGCGAUGCAAAGUUUUCAAGGGUGAAAGCACUGAUUCAUCUCAAUUGCUAUUUUCUGUGAAGAAAAUCAAUAAAUCAAGCUCACAUGGGAUUACUAAAUUAAACGUGUUCCUCGCAAACAACCAAGACAAAAAGAAAAGUGACUUUAGAGUCAUCAUUUCUGGUAUUAAAAGCUCCUGUAUAGUUUAUAUCGGUGAAUCUCCUAAUAUUGUAGCUAAGAUGGAGAAUAAUGGUGGCUUCAAAGUCUUGGUCUAUCCCAACGUGGACUACGCAUUCAUAGUGGCACUGCUUAUGAUUGUCAAGGACGUGAAAGUUGGUAUUCAAAUUGCUCCAGGCAUAAAAUUGAUUUCGUCAGUGGUAUCGGCUACAUUAGGAAACUAAAUAAAUGUAUCGUAUAAGAAAAUCAAAGGAAAAGUGAGGAAAUACAUUUCUAUUAUGCUGUAUAUAUGACUAUUCCUAUUAUCCUUUAUUAUAUCAAUGAUAGCGAAGUUAUUGACAAUGGCAGAUUCAAGAUAA